CUUGACCGCCACUCUUGCCACUCUUGGCUUGGUCAUACAAUUUCCACCAUUGGGCCGCCAACCCAUUAUUAUGACUACAACACCGCAUCGCUAAGAUGACCCACGGCCGGAUCGCUCGUGUCUCCCUUGCUUGCCUUUGCGCCCAGGAGGGGGCUUGUAAUCGCCAGAUGUCCGUGACCAAGUCCAUAGUGAGUCGGCUCAGGAUUGGGUGGGCAAGGCCUUACCUUGCGUGCCUCGUAGGGCGUCGUCAAGACACCAAGGGUUGCGAGUGAAAUGCCUCCCGAAUCAGUUCAGGCCCUAUGGAUGCACGAAUUGCUAGACUCCUUGCUAGCUCGGCUCCUUACCUCGAGCUGCCCAGCCGGUGGGUCUGUCUGUGGUCUGGCACGGGCGCUUGGCUCUGGUUAAACCUGCCUGCGAGGACGGCCGUCGGCCUGGGACCGCCGGUUCAGGCUCGGGCUGCGCGUGGUUGCCCUGGCCGAUAAAGGCACUCUGCGCCCCGUUCGUACCUGCCAUUUUUUUUCUUUUGCUCAUGCAAAGGGCAUGAGGUCCCUGAUCCACCUGAGCUCUCUUCGUUCCAGACCCAGGCGGGCAUAGCCAAACGUCCUAAUACCAUAAUACCCCAGCUGGCGCGCCGGACGACCUGCUCUCGACAUCCCCUUGGCAAGUAAACGUCAGAACAGAAGCCCGGUUUGCAGUUUAUUAGCCACUCACCCACCUUACUCACCUCGACAGCCGUCUUGCACCCAUCCUUGACGGCAUAUCACCACGGCACUUCACCGCACUCCCUCGCCAUGGGCCCGCGCUCGCUAGCUGCCAGGGCCUUUGGUGCCGGGGCCGCUGGUCGGUCCGAGAAGGACGAUAGCACAUGCAGAAUUAAAAGCCAGGCCGCAGCGGCCAUCUCGCCCUUGGAUGCGUAUUUCGAAGAGGACCCUACCGUCAAGGAGUGGCUGCUCGAGCACCGACCCACGGCGGCCGGCGCGGCCCGCUACUUCAAGAGCUUCUUCCCCUUCGUCCAAUGGAUCGGACGCUACAACCUCCGCUGGCUGACCGGGGACGUCAUCGGCGGCAUCACCCUCGGCUUCGUCGUCGUCCCCCAGGCCAUGGCCUACGCCAUGCUCGCCGGCCUCCGCCCCGAGUUCGGCCUCUACACCUCCUUCACCGGCGCCGCCCUGUACUGGCUCUUCGGCACCUCCAAGGACAUCGCCAUUGGCGCCACAGCAGUCAUCUCGCUGCUGAUCGGCCGCAUCGUCGCAAAGGUCCAAGCCGAGAUGCCAGGCCUCCCGGCCGAGGAGGCGUCCAAAACGGUCUCGUUACUCGCCGGCUUCGCCCUGCUUGCUUUUGGCCUCCUGCGCCUGGAUUGGCUGAUCGAGCUCAUCCCCCACGUCGCCAUCGCCGCCUUCGUCACCAGUGCCGCCAUCACCAUCUCCCUGAGCCAGCUGCCCGCGGUGCUGGGUAUCACCGGCGUCAACACCAGGGACGCGCCGUACAAGGUUUUCAUUACCACCUGCAAGGCCCUCCCCAGAACCACCGUCGACGCCGCCGUCGGGCUGUCGGCUCUGUUUCUGCUGCAGCUCAUCAAGUCUUUCUGUGCUCGUAUGGGCGAGAGGCAGAAGCACCGGUCCAAGCUGUGGGCUACUAUCUCGUCCAUCCGUAUGACGUUUGUGAUCCUGUUAUACACUCUGGUCAGCUUCAUUGUCAACCGGGGUCUCUCUGCCAACGAGGCCAGGUUUCGCAUCCUCGGAUCCGUGCCCACAGGCUUCUCGGCCGCUGGUGUGCCAUCGAUGGACACCAAGCUCAUCAAACUCGUCGCCCCCGAGCUCCCCGCCCUUCUUAUCGUCCUAAUCAUCGAGCAUAUCGCCAUCGGCAAAUCCUUUGGGCGCGUCAACAACUACACCAUUGUGCCUUCACAAGAGAUCAUUUCCAUAAGCGCCGCCAACAUUCUUGGCCCCUUCCUUGGAGGCUAUGCGGCAACGGGCUCCUUCACUGGCACCGCAGUUCUCUCCAAAGCUGGCGUCAGAACUCCUCUGGCCGGCGUGUUUAACGGGCUCAUUCUCCUGCUCGCCCUCUAUGCCCUCACUUCUGUCUUCUUCUUCAUCCCCCUUGCGGCUCUUUCCGGGCUUAUCAUCCACGCCGUCCUCAAUCUGAUUACCCGACCUCCCACUAUUGUCAAAUACUGGAAGAUUGCGCCAAUGGACGUUUUAAUCUUUUUCGCCGGCGUUUUUCUCUCACUGUUCGAGUCGCUGGAGUUUGGCAUCUACGCUACCGUUGGCAUCUCAUUGAUCGUCAUCCUCCUCAGGAUUGCAAGGUCGCAGGGCCAAUUCCUCGGGCGACUCAGGGCUCAGGGAUACCCCGAGGCGCCUACCGCAAACCCUGGAGCUGGCCAUUAUGGAUCCCUUCUGGACAUAAACCACCACCGCCGCUUCCACCGACCUGCCGACGGCAUCCCGCGGUCUGGGGAGGUACAAUCGCGCGAGGCUUUCCUGCCGCUUGACCGCAAGGAUGGCUCCAAUCCCGCCGUGGAUGUGAGCGAGUCGUACGCAGGCGUCUUCAUCUACAGAUUUACCGAGGGCUUCAACUACAUCAACCAAGCCCAAUAUCUGGAUCACCUGGUGACCCAUGUCACCACCCACACACGCCGGACGGAUGCCGAUGGCUACAAGCACGCAGGUGACCGACCCUGGAACAUGCCGGCACCGAAGAACGAUGGCUUGGCGGAGGAGGAGAGCGAGCGUCUACCAAGGCUUCAUGCCGUUGUUCUCGACCUCAGCGCUGUCAACCAGGUGGAUACGACUGCCGUGGAAGCCCUCGAGGACGUGCGCGCCCAACUGAACCGGUGGGCAGCGCCGGGCGUGGUUGAGUGGCACUUGGCCGGCGCCCGCAGCCGCUGGACCCGCCGCGCGCUCGCUGCAGUUGGGUUUGGGCUUCUGCACGGCCAAGGCCCGAAAACCACGGCAUCUGGCUCCUGGAUGCCGGUGUUUGACGUGGCCGCAACAACUGCCUCUGCGACCACGGGCCUCCGCAAGCUCCAAUUCUCGGCCGUCUCCUCCAACGUCACCCUGUUUGGGGCGGAGACUCCGGGCGCAGACAUUGCCGACACCAGGGAGCACCUGGACCUCGAGUCUGGAGAGGAGGAGAUAAAGACGGUGCCUGCAAAGGAGUCUGGCGCCGCAAUACGAGAAGAGCACCAUGACAUACUGCGCGACCGCGUGCCGCCUAAAACGGCGCUGGCUCCCAUAUUUGGAGUUGACAGGCCAUUCUUCCAUGUGGACCUCGCGUCCGCUGUGUCGAGCGCGGUAGAAAACGCACGCCGACGAGACAGCUCGUGACUUGCUGUCCCAAUCACCAACACUUACUUGUCUCGCUGACGAGAGAGGAGCUCGAACAUGAUUUCAGGGGGGGGUCCACUUGGAAGGAGUCGCGGUGUCGUUCCCAGUUGGCGAGCUUGUAUAAUAGCAUUGUGACAAAUGUUGGCUGGCGUUUGGAAUGCGGUAACGACUUGGGAUGAGGUUCAGGGUAUAAAUUUUGUCAGUUCAAUCUAUAAUUACUCUACGUUUGAAUCAGACGCCUCUCUUGCUUCGAGUUCCGACGGGGCGAAAGCUUCUCGCGAUUUGAUAAAAAUAGCUUCAAUUCAGGAAUAUGAUCGCUAUCAAUUACGU